AUGAGGCUGUGUCUCCUGCUCUCCAUCUUCUGCCUGAUGGCUUCUACUGCCUACAGUCAGUUUCCAGGUCCUCCUGGUCCUCGAGGGCCACGUGGACGUCUUGGACCAGCUGGACCACCUGGACCAGUUAUCAUAUGUGGACAAGAUUCUUUUGGGCAUGUACGCCAGGACGUUGAGACCUUACGGAGGACCAUCACUGUGUUAGAAUUGGCUAUAAACUUUGAUUUUGUUCGGAGCGUUGGUCAGAAACACUUUGUGUCCAGCAAGGAGAGAGGAUCCUUCUCGAAUGCCGUAGACUUCUGCUCCCAACGAGGCUUAGAGCUGGCUUUACCACAGAACGAGGAGGAGAACAGCAUGCUGACUCAGUUGUAUGGUGAGGCUGAUAAAAGGGCCUGGAUCGGCGUCAACAAUAAAAAGGCAGAGGGGGAUUUUGAGUUUGAUAUGAAAAAGCGACCUCUGACCUUCACCAAAUGGGGACAAGGGCAGCCAGACAGGUCCAUCCAGGAAACAGGCUGCACCAUGGUGACAGAGAACGCUGUCUGGAAAGUGACACGCGAAUGUUCUCUGAAUGCUUACAUCAUUUGUCAGCUAUUAUAAGAAGGUCUUGUAAGUCAUGCAGUGAUUUUCAGGGGCCACAGAAGAUCCUCAUGUAUUCUCUGCUUAACCUUCAUCUGCUGCAGUCUUUGUUUUCAUCCAAUAGGGUUCCAUUCAGACUUGUGUUGCAUUGAAAGUGAUGAAGAAAUGAAACCAGGUUCCACCCAGAAAUACCACCAUGCUGACAGUCAUGUAAAAAUGAUCAGGAUGUUUGUUAGACAUGAGACUGACUUGUUAAAUCGCCAUCAUUUAAUGUUAGGACUCACAAUAGUGGUGUUGAAUAUAUUCUCAUCUGUCACCUUUACAAGGAAAACUGCUUCAUGGACCCAGUUUAGGAAACCUGUUUGACAAAAAUACAGAUUUUCACAUAUUACAAUUUUCUAAAACACAUUUGUAAAAGUUAGUCUAUGCUUGAGAAACAUGAACACAUAAUCAGCAUCUCAUUGUUGCUGCUGCAGAGACAGUUUUCUGUAAGAAAAAAGUAUACAACGAAGAUAUAAACAAAAUGAUGUACUCUGUCAGUAUACCCCAAUAA